AGUCAGGUCUAUAAAGGCAGAGUAGCUUGAGGCUGGCUGGGAGCAGAAUGGCCUUUGUAGAGAAAAGGCAGCAGAGAAGGAAGCAAUGCCAGGGUGGCCAGUCCAUGGCAGUAAAUACCCAUGAUUCAAAGCAGUCUGAUAAAUGUUCGGACUACAUUGAGAGACUAGCACACACAUACAUGCAAAAUUGCACCGUGGAGUCCAGUACGGAGUCAGAAUCUGAGACCAAUUCUGAGGAUCUGCCUGGCUUACUUCCUAAAGGAUUCUCCAAGAAAACAAAGGGUACAAAACUCCAGGAUGAAGAGCUUAUGGAAGAACUAAAGUCCCCAUGUUCCUCCCCAGAGCACAUCUGGGUGAUUCUUCAAGUGACCUUAACUUUCCUCCCAUCUUAAAAUGAAGAUAAGUAUAUACUUUUAAAAGUAUCACACCAAAGAGCUCCACAAUGGUUGGGAAUGCUGUGCCCUGGGUCGUAUGCCCUGCACAUGCACACCCCCAAGCAGACAAGUGUCUUCAUUUCCUCUGAGUCAAAGAGAAGGGAGUACCAUGAACGGAAGACAAGGUACCUUGCUUCAUGCAUGCCUUAGAGGACUAGAUGCAUCUUAGAAGUGUUACAUUUGUUACUGACUAGUGAAUCCAAUUAAAAAUAAAAGUUAAAGAAAAGGAGAAAGUGCACACAUGCACAAAGAACGUUCUGAAGUCUGUCAUGACCUACAGUCCCCAUCCAGAAAUUUGACACUUGUUAAUUCAUACUGUAAGAGGACAUCAGCACACAUCAUUAAGUUUUCUGUAUGAAUACCAUCACAUACUAUAUUUAAACUUCAGCAGGCUGAAAGGUCCAGUUGUCAGUGGUACAAGGUAUAAUAUAUUCACCACAGGAAAAAGUGCUACUGGAGUCCAUGUAUGGAACAACCCCUGGUUAAAAAAGCCUUUGUCCAUUUCUAGAAAGCCAGACCCCUGUUCCUGCUAAUUGCUUUUUAAAAAAAAUUUCUCCCCACUGCAGAACCUUCUUUACUGAAGGGGUUAGUGAAACAAAUCUGGUCUCGGUGCCAAUACCAAUUAGUCUGUAAACAGCUGGUAUACAGGAUCACAGCAGGAAAUGAGGAUUGCUGAAGAGUUGACACAAACACCUCAUGCAGUUACAGAAUCUAUAAAGUUACUGCAUAGUUCACCCAAGUAUACAACUAAAACUUAUUUAGACCCGAUCUGUAUUCAGCCAUAUUGAGACUUGGGAUAGCAUUUUUCAGUUCCUUAGGACUAGUUUGUCCACUGGUACAGUAGAAGCCAUCUAUAAGUUUAGUUUCUUGAAGCCUUUCCUCUUUCUCUGUCUUUACACAAGACAGUUUGAUGCUAUCAGCAAGUCUGCAACACUGGAAGUAGUCACACAAGUAUCAAGAAUCAAAGUGUGCUUCCUAGAGGAAAAGAUGAAGAGCUUUCCUUGAAAACAUGACAAGGAACCUGGUAGGACUGGUUUUACACUGGAGCAGCACUGGAUAGUAAGGACCACUGGAGACACAAGGACAGACUCCAGACCGUGUUCACUGAUGGGUCUGUUCUUUUCUACUGACAUUUGGGUCACUUGUCAGAGCAAUAAAAUGAUGAGUUCUCAUUUGUGUGUGUAGAGAAGUGAUAGUGGAAUAUUUCCCCCUUUUGAAGACUUAAAAAGGUAUUUUUAGUGCAGUUACAAUGGGAGAAAAAAUGUUUACGUUGGAAUGUCUUAUGCCAAGUAUAAGCAUGGAUAUUAGAAGAGAUCCCACAGUGUCAUUUGGUCCAUCAUUAAGACAUCCUUGCAGCAUUUACAAUGGAGGCAGUGCUUCAGAGUUGAGUAGUGGAUCAGAAAUUUAGACAAAAUGGGUUUAUAAUACAGAUGUUGUUUUGACACCUACUACUGUGGAAGAAUUGCUCAGAGGAAAAAUAGUAAUUUCAGCUUUAUAUUUGUAAAACUGACUACAGAAGGGGUGGCCAAUUUGUAGCAUAUCUGCCAAAAAGGUUGGCCCCCACUGGAAUAGGGCACUUCCAAUGGGACACAGCAAAGUCUGACUGGAUGACUAGUAUUUGCCAUGCAUCUCAACACCAAAUUCAAAUACAAACAAGUACAGUUAGUGUAAGGGGCUUCUAAAAGGUCCAGGAAUUUGGUGGCAGGGGAAUGGUGGCAACAGGGGACUAAUGCUACUAAAUUUCUGGAUCUGUGGGAGAGCCCUACAGAUUGGAUCAGAUAUGCGAAGUUGUACCCCCAGACUGUCCCCACACCAUUCACCUGGAAGUUUGGGCACCACUGAGUGUUUUCCUCAGUGUGCAGGAUACUCUUGCACACCUCUGUGUCACUAUAAAACACAACUCCUCACUGAAUUGAUACAACUACAUUAAUUAGCUCAAAGCUUUAUGUUUCUCUAUGUCUAGUUUAAAGCAGGGGUCAGCAACCUAUGGUCUGCAGACAUGGGGCUUCAGCAGCAGCUGCUUUCCCUAUGCCACCAUGGUGACAAAAGAGCAAUGUCUGGUUUUAGCACCCUUCCAUCUCUGACCUGAACCGGGUCAAAUUUGGCCAGCCUUAAGGCUGCUAACAGCCAGUUUAGAUAUUCCCAAAAUGCCAAGUAUACAGAUUCAUCUGAGCCACACGAGUUAUCACCUGCCACAGAAAAAAAAAUAAUGUUCCAUUUCAGCACACCAAAAGGAGCAGUCCUACAGUCCAAAUAUCUUCAUGAAAUGAGCCUGGUAUUUGGAAGUCUGUAGCAAGCUAUAUGGCAUGAAGAAUUCACAUGGCAUUCAAAAGUAAUAUUGUGAAACAGCCUCUUGCCAGAAAUGAGCUGAAGACGGCUUCCCCAGCAUUUGUCCAUGAGGAUCAUGUGUACCAGUUAGGGCAGUGCAUAAGUUACUCAUAAAUGUCUGGAACAAAAAAACACCUGUCAAGGUAGGAGCAGCCAGCCAGUAAACAUAGCUUAAGAGCCAGUAUUUAAAAAAAAAAAAAGUGCCAGUGAAUACUGUAAAACAGGUAGUUGGGCAGAUUGAAGUGCCAAAAUAUAAACAUUAAUAUUAAUUUAAUUAAGACUAAAAAUCAUUGUCCUGGUGUAUACAAUAAGACAGAUCAAGGUAAUUUAUGUAGCAAGAUUGAGAAACUAAUAUCUACACUGGCAAUGUUGGUUCCUUUAUGUGAUAUUUAGAGAGAUCCUGCAUUCAGUAGACUGAAAUAAGUUAACUUGAUAGACAAUUUAGUAUUAAAUGGAAAGAAAACAAAACAAACAAAAAUAAAUACCAACACAGACACGAGGGGAAUGGUGAUGAAGUCUUGUUCUAUAUAUAGAAUUGGCUUUAAAAAAUGAAAGGUGGUUUGUAUCUGUUCUGUGUCAUCUCAUAUGUUCCAUAUAUGCAGUUCUUUGCUCCACUAAUUUAAAGACUACUGUUCUUCUCCUUUCCUUUGAACUUGAGCAAGCUUUCUUAAAUUUGCUCCACAAAAUGUGCUGUUUCAUAAAUUUGAGUUGCACUGCUUCAACUUUUCAAAUAAGUUCCACAAAUGGUAAAAUUGUUCUCUCAGUAGUGGAAUUAAC